ACGCGUCCCCACAGAGGGGAAGUCUAUAAAGGCCUGCGGACGACGCGACGCAGCCAUUUCUUCCGAUGUAGGUCUGUCCGGAGCUCGCGCCUUCCCUGCCCCCCCGCAGCUCCGCGGCCGCCAUGGCGCAUUAGAGGCAGCAGUGCCUGCGGCAGCGUUGGCCUUUGCAGCGGCAGCAGCAGCACCAGGCUCUGCAGCGGCACCCCCCAGCGGCUUAAGCCAUGGCGCUUUACACGGCAUCCGGCAGCAGCGUUGCUGUAAGCGACAGAGACACCUUCGAAUUACACACAUUCCUCGAUUCCAGCAAAGCCCCGAGACAUGACCGAGAUGAGCUUCCUGAGCAGCGAGGUGUUGGCGGGGGACUUGAUGUCCCCCUUCGACCAGUCGGGUUUGGGGGCUGAAGAAAGUCUAGGUCUCUUAGAUGACUACCUGGAGGUGGCCAAGCACUUCAGACCUCAUGGGUUCUCCAGCGACAAGGCGAAGGCGGGCUCCUCCGAAUGGCUGGCUGUGGAUGGGUUGGUCAGUGCCCCAGACAACGGCAAGGAGGAUGCCUUCUCUGGGACAGAUUGGAUGUUGGAGAAAAUGGAUCUGAAGGAGUUCGACUUUGAUGCCCUGUUGAGUUUAGAUGACCUGGAAACCAUGCCAGAUGAGCUUUUGGCCACGUUGGAUGACACGUGUGACCUCUUUGCCCCCCUAGUCCAGGAGACUAACAAGGAGCCCUCCCAGACAGUGAACCCAAUUGGCCAUCUCCCAGAAAGUUUAAAAGCUGACCAGGUUGCCCCGUUCACCUUCCUGCAGCCUCUUCCCCUCUCCUCAGGGGUCCUGUCCUCCACUCCAGAUCAUUCCUUUAGUUUAGAGCUAGGCAGUGAAGUGGACAUCUCUGAAGGAGAUAGGAAGCCAGACUCUGCUAUAUAUGGCACUAUAAUCCCUCAGUGUAUAAAGGAGGAAGAUGCCCCCUCGGAUAAUGACAGUGGCAUCUGUAUGAGCCCAGAGUCCUAUCUGGGCUCUCCCCAGCACAGCCCCUCCACUUCCAGGGCUUCUCCAAAUAGCUUACCAACUCCAGGUGUCCAUAGUGGCUCUGCCCGCCCAAAACCAUACGACCCUCCUAGCGAGAAAGUGGUAACAGCAAAAAUAAAGGGUGAAAAACUGGAUAAGAAGCUGAAAAAAAUGGAGCAAAACAAGACAGCAGCCACCAGGUACCGCCAGAAGAAGAGGGCAGAGCAGGAAGCCCUCACCGGAGAGUGCAAAGAGCUAGAAAAGAAGAACGAGGCUCUGAAGGAGAAGGCAGACUCCUUGGCCAAGGAGAUUCAGUAUCUGAAAGAUCUAAUAGAAGAGGUCCGCAAGGCAAGGGGGAAGAAGAGGGUGGUCCCCUAGUCACGGUAGUCAGGAGUGGGGUUUGUACAUAGGAGUCUCAUGCUGAAGUUGUAUUGUAAUAAAUAAUUUUAUAGUGAAAGUA